CCGCUAUUAGCGCGGGAGGCGGGCGGGACUGCUGAGCCAAACUGACAUAACAGUCAGGAUACAACUUCUACUUACUUCCCUUUAAGCAGGGCAACAGGUAAUGUUGGAAAGAGGAGGACUAAAAAUGGACUGGUUCCACUGUAAUCAGUGCUUCACAAGGAGAGGGUCGAAGUUUGCCGUGUCCAGCUGUGGCCACAUCUGCUGCGAAGCAUGCAUUAAAUCGAAGCAGUGCAGUGUGUGUGGGGCCAGCUGCAGUUAUCUGCCCAUCACAGAUGAGAUGAAGCCACAGGAAAAGGUGUUUUUCAAGGACCCUGUGAAGCUCAUCCAGUCACGGCUGGAGCACAUUUCACAGAUUGCGCAAUUUCAGCGGAUACAAAUGGAGAGAGUGACGGCGCACUUCAAGCAUAAGUCUGUUGAACUGGAAAGGCGUCUGAAGGAAGUCACUGAGCAGGGUUACAGGCAACUCUCCGAGCUGAAAAGAGAGAAUGCUGACUUAAAAAAGCAACUUUCAGAGCUGAGAAGAGAGACUGCUGAUUUGAAAAAGCCACUUUCUCAGCGAAGGGUUUCUCCAGGACAGUUUCGUACAGAUGGCACUCAAAGGAUGUCACUCCCUGUGGCUGUCACCUCCCCAGUUACCCCUCGUUCAAGAACUAUGAGUUACAUAGGCUCAGCAGAGUCUCAGGGGUGGGCCAGAGACAGAGGUCGCAGUCUAUCCUCCUUCACAACUCCUGGAUCAGCUACCUCUAUUUCGAGCCACAGCUCUCUUCACGAACAUGUACACAGAACACCCACAUCCUUCAGCACUCCUACAAGAACUCAGCGUCAGACACCUAACGUCUUCCAGCUCCAGUUUAUGAGUGGGUUAUCAAUACAGUCACCCAGGUAUUAAUGAAAUGGUCCCUACAGUAACAAUUCUGGGGACAUUUGUAUCAGUUAAGGACUCUUUAGCCAUAUGUAUGUGUUCAUCAGGAUGGUCACGUCUUAGUUUGUGUGAGAUACAAAUAUUUUUUGCCCAGUAACAGUUGAUUGAAUGUCUUGUACAUUGAGGUAUUUUAUAAUUGUUAAGUUUACGUGGAUGUUGUACUGACGUGGUUGCUCUGUUGAUUAAUCAACCUGCCAUAUUGUCUUCUGGCAAUACAUUUUUUUAAGCUUAAUUUUAUAUUAGAACCAUUUCUGCAGAUUGCUUUUUGCUCACAACAGAGAAUUUACACUGAUGAAAAAAUAAAUUUGAUCUGUCAGAA